AUGGAUGCCGCCAACGUCCCGGUUCCAGGCCAAACUAUGGACCUUGAGCUCUCUGAUGGUGAAGGAGCGGAGAUAGUCCCGCCCAAGCGAAAAGAGCAGCGUGGCAUGGACGCAGCUUCGCCUGCCAAGCGUGGGGCCCCUGAGGUCGAUGUGGUUUCCUUGGCCAUGCUACGUGCUGUGCUCAAUGAGCAGACGCAGGAGCUGAAGGGCAACCUUAAGCUCGAGCUCGGAGCGGCGAUUGAAAAGUCGGAGACCAAGAUGGGGGGGAUUGUUGCUCAGGUCAAGCAGGAUCUCGAAGCAAAGAUGGAUGCUGGGGCCAGGGAGGUUGCAGCAGUCAAGCAACUCCAGGACCAGCUGCUGGCUCGGGUCACUGCUCUGGAAGAAGGUCGAUACCAAGAAGGCCUGGCAGACAUAGACAAAGCCCUGGGCCUCGCCAAGGCACGUGAGUUGGUGGACCAGUCUCCAUGGGUCCCGGGGGCAAGGCACUCCGUAGGACUCUCGGAGAUGAAAGUGCGAGUCGAUGAAACUGAGGCAGAUGUGGAGAAGCGCAUGUACACGGUGAUUGCGAUGAUCAAUGACCCGCGCAUCUCGAUGCAGAAGCUGGCCUCUGGCAAUACGCUUUGGGCCUCCGUCAGUAGGCCAAAGACGGACAGGGGCCAUGGCUCGCACGCCAGCAAGAUCCGUCGUCUACUACAUGAGCUCCGGGUUGACUUUGAUGAGGUGGAUGCUGUGUACGCCACCGGCAGCAUCUGGCACAAGGAUGUCUUGGUGGGAAGCGUGGAUAAGCCGCGCAAUGGAGCUCACGUGAAGAAGGGCAAAUUGGACCACAGCUGGGUUGACCUAGUGGCCUUGAGCAAGACCACUGGCGUGCCGGAAGAUGACCUGGCCAAAAUGUGGGGUGAUGAGGGGGUCUUCUUGAAAGAAGGGGACCCGCAUCGAGUGGAAGGGACGCCUGAGGCGUGCUCUCCAGAGGGUUGCAGUCCAGUUUUGGGAAUGCAGGAUGGGGGCAGUGGCGGCCAAGACAAUAUGUGUGAGAGUCAAGGGGCUCUGGAACAGCGGCUGCAGGUACCUGUUCGGCAUUCGGAGAAGUGUACAGAUUUUGAAGGUACUCGUAACGACCAUCCCUUGCCGGUGAAAGAGGAGCCGGACGAGUUUAUGUCGAUUUCUUGUGGAGCCGGGGAACGUUUCUCCCCACCUACGUGUGAUCCAUGCCGGGGCGCCCCUAUUACUGGGCCGAAGUACUUUAUCCCUGACAUAGUGUAUGCACCUUCGGAUGUUGAUCCCGCGGAUGUGCUCCAUAUCCCUGAAGACUCGCCACCAAGUCAGCAGAACUUGGAGGUGGAUCGCCUGCAGAGGGUUUUCGCUGAAGUUCGCAUUGCAUCCUGGAACGUCGCUGGCACCAGCGCGAAAAGGGUGAAGACUCUUAUCUCAGCUGACUUGCAAGCGGAUGUGAUUGCGAUUCAGGAGUACCCAAAGAUGGAUGCGGGGUGGCGCCAUUUAAAGGGCGAGAGGUUCAACGGACUGGUUUUUCAGAAUUACUUCAUGUGUCGCGCAAUUGGUGUACUUUAUGAUGCCAAGAAGUUCCACCUACGAGGCCGCAGAUCCAGUCAAAGAGGGAUAUGGGUACAGCUGCAGCACAUUGAGACCUCCCAGUCCAUCUGGAUAGGUAGCAUUCAUGUGCCAAACAACGAGGGACGAGAGGAGUGCAGAAGGCUUGUUGAUCAGUUCAUGAAAGAGUUGCCGAAGAAUGCCACGGGAGCUGCUAUGGGAGAUUUCAACACACAUUUCCGAUGGGUGGUGGCUGAUGGGGCGGGGAGGGACGCGGGCCAGUGGAAGGAAUACCUCAGUCGCCUGAGGGAGGAAAAGGAGCAAUGGAAAGGGGAGCGCAUUGACAGGGCGAGCUCUGACUGGCUCCUUGAUGACCUCAUGGGCAGGGUAGGCCUGGCGGUGGAUGACCAAGUCCUGAAUGAUCUCCCCCAUGAUAGCACGGUCUACAUGGAUGAGGUGCUGAAUGUGAUGAAUCUCCCCCUGGGUUUGGCAUGCACCGAACAACGCAUCCUUGAGGCCAUGAUCGACAAGGCUAGAGGGAAGUUCUAUGGGGUGUCCCACAUUCUCUGUUCCAAUGUGAGGGUCGUCGGGGACAAUCUGCAGCUGAGGGUGACAGGGUCCAUUGAGGGUAAGAGGGACGAGGACGAGAGCUACCUCGAGGACAUGCUGAUGGUGACCUCAGAGGGAGAGGGCCAGAAAGUGGAUGACGAGGGCUACCUCGAGGACACGCAGGCGAUGAUUCGGGGUGACGAGAUUGUCUGUACGCAGAAGAGGGCAAGGGCGACUUCACCUCGAAGACGGAGGAGGGCUAGGGCCAGAAGGGAAGAGGAGCGCCAGCGGCAAGAAAACCGGCGCUCGUGGAAAGUUCGGUCCGCGAGCUGCUACCGCAACCUGCUCGAGAAGGCCGUUGCGAGCCCUUCGUCAGCGGCUCCGACCACAGCAUCCACGCCGAUGGCCUGCACUGGCGUCCCCGAAAUCCCGCCACUCGGAGAGGGCUCUGCCAACAUAGUUUGGUGGAGCGAAAUGGUGGGGUUGCAAGACCCUGUGCUGGAGAACGACCGUGUGUUGGACAACCAGACGGUAGACUGCAUAGUGGAGAACUUAAGAGGGAUGUCACCAGGGCGCCGCACGGCAAUGAUUGCACAGGUCCUCCCGUUCUUAGGUGCAUUUUUGGCCGAACUAUUGAGGGCCAUCAACUUGUCGCAACUUCCGGCUCCUGACACAGCAGAACUUGUUGAGGACGACGAGGAGGUCCUGAUCCAGAUGGGAGUGCAGAGGGCCAAGAAGGACGAUGGGGUGGGCAAUGCAGUUGACAAUCAGGCAGGUGAUGAGACGAGUGUGAUGCAGAAAUUUGACGCCUCGAUCCCAUUUGGGUUGAAGGUGCUGGGUGUAGGCGACACAGGGCCUCAUGAAAGUGGUGCAAUGGAGGAUCAUGCGAGGGAAGGCAUGGUCUCUGCAGAGGCGCCAGUGGAUCCAGGGUUAAGCGCUGAUAGUGGGGGCGCGGCGGGGGCUGAGAAUGGCUAUAGGGAGGGCCCACUCGAGGACAUGAUGGAUGUGCAGAUGGAUGAGGCCACCGUUCGCCCUGACAGAGAACCCUAUGAAGUUCCACCGGAAUGGGCAAGAGUUCUACGGGCGUGGAAUGACCCUGCCAUUGGAGCUGGCUUGCCGGACUCAGCCGUUAGCACGGGAGAGUUUGAACAUGAACUACGUGGUGACGAUGAUGGUGGUGCUGCUGCGGCCGGAGACCUGGAGCAGCAGGCGGCCAGUUCUUCGACUGAGCGGAGCAGAUUGUCAAGGUCUACUGAUGCAUCUGAGGGAUGGCCUAAGCAGACUGACUUGAAAAGUUGGCUCAAGUGA